UUUGAAUAUUUUCAGGAUGAUGCUGUUAGUAUUGAAAGUGGUACUAACACUGAACGCCCUGACACCCCGACAAACACUCCUAAUGCACCAGGAAGAAAAAGCUGGGGGAAAGGAAAAUGGAAGUCAAAGAAGUGCAAAUAUUCCUUCAAAUGUGUAAAUAGCCUAAAGGAGGACCAUGGUCAGCCUUUGUUUGGAGUCCAGUUUAAUUGGCACAGUAAAGAAGGUGAUCCUCUUGUUUUUGCCACUGUAGGCAGCAACAGAGUUACUUUGUAUGAAUGUCAUUCCCAAGGAGAAAUACGUCUGCUGCAGUCCUACGUGGAUGCUGAUGCAGAUGAAAAUUUCUAUACCUGUGCAUGGACAUACGAUAGCAAUACAAGCCAUCCUCUUCUGGCUGUGGCAGGGUCCAGGGGUAUUAUUAGGAUAAUUAAUCCUAUUACAAUGCAGUGCAUAAAGCACUAUGUAGGCCAUGGAAAUGCAAUCAAUGAACUGAAAUUCCAUCCAAGAGAUCCAAAUCUCCUUUUAUCUGUAAGCAAAGAUCAUGCAUUGAGACUGUGGAACAUCCAGACAGACACGCUGGUUGCAAUAUUUGGAGGAGUAGAAGGGCACAGGGAUGAGGUGUUAAGUGCAGAUUAUGAUCUUCUUGGUGAAAAAAUCAUGUCCUGCGGGAUGGAUCACUCUCUGAAACUCUGGAGGAUUAAUUCCAAGAGAAUGAUAAAUGCCAUCAAAGAGUCUUACGAGUACAAUCCAAAUAAAACCAACAGGCCUUUUAUUUCUCAGAAAAUUCACUUUCCUGACUUUUCUACCAGAGACAUACAUAGGAACUAUGUUGACUGCGUACGAUGGUUGGGAGAUCUAAUUCUUUCCAAGUCUUGUGAAAAUGCCAUUGUGUGCUGGAAACCUGGCAAAAUGGAAGAUGAUAUAGAUAAAAUCAAGCCCAGUGAGUCAAACGUGACCAUACUUGGGAGAUUUGAUUAUAGCCAAUGUGAUAUAUGGUACAUGAGGUUUUCCAUGGAUUUCUGGCAAAAGAUGCUUGCUCUGGGCAAUCAGGUUGGCAAACUUUACGUUUGGGAUUUAGAAAUAGAGGAUCCUCAUAAAGCCAAGUGUACGACUCUUACUCAUCCUAAAUGUGUUGCUGCCAUUCGACAAACCAGUUUUAGCAGGGAUAGUAGUAUCCUUAUAGCUGUGUGUGAUGAUGCCAGUAUCUGGCGCUGGGACAGACUACGAUAAGUUACAUUUUCUUAAUUCAAAGUAGAAAAUAUAUUUUCAAAUUAUAAUAUAGUCUGUUAACUUGCUUGUACGGUAGAUACAUUUAGUGUAGACUUUCUCUGAGGUUCAGCUUUUUUUGGAGCUGAACUGCAUGAUGUUUACAUUCUGUAAAAUGUUCUGCUUGAACUCUGCUGCUUUUAAUAAAAAGAAGUAUUUUUGUAAAG